GGGGUAAGGGAGAGAGAGUGGGCUCCCAUGCCGAAUGAGUGAGAGAGGCGGAGAGGAAGCUGAGCUCCAUCCGAUGAAAUGAGGUGAAAGUAAUUCAGCAUUAAUCAAGCCAGAGCAAAAGGGAGCAAAUACUGGGUUUUCUGCCCUCUUAUUUGCUGAGGACCUGAAAGGCAAGGUGUGAAUGACGGAACCUACAGGGUCCAGCUGAGUAGCACCACUGGAUCACAGCAUCACAUCAUGUCUGAAUCGAACACCAUUGCUGCUUCUACUGCAGACCAGAAUGGAGCAGUUCCAGGUGAGCCAGUGAAGAAGGAUGAAAACUCCCGGCGGGGGAACUGGGGGAACCAAAUUGAGUUUGUCCUCACGAGUGUUGGCUAUGCUGUGGGCCUGGGCAAUGUUUGGAGGUUUCCCUACCUCUGCUACAGAAAUGGAGGAGGUGCCUUCAUGCUCCCGUACUUUAUCAUGCUGGUGUUCUGUGGCAUUCCACUCUUCUUUCUUGAGUUGUCCUUCGGGCAGUUCGCCAGCCAGGGGUGUCUUGGGGUCUGGAAGAUUAGCCCAAUGUUCAAAGGUGUGGGCUACGGCAUGAUGGUGGUGUCCACCUAUAUCGGGAUCUAUUACAAUGUGGUUAUUUGCAUUGCCUUCUACUACUUUUUCACAUCCAUGACAAACGUACUGCCAUGGACGUACUGCAACAACCCCUGGAAUACGCCUGACUGCAGUGGAGUGGUACCCCAAAGCAAUGGCAGUAUGGCUAACGUCACUCGUAGCAUGGUGGACGGAGUCAGUGAGUUAGUAAACCGCACCAAGAGAACCAGCCCCAGCGAGGAAUACUGGAAACACUAUGUUUUGGACAUCUCUGAUGGCAUUGGGAACUUUGGAGAAGUACGCCUCCCCAUCCUGGGCUGCCUGGCUGUGUCCUGGGUGGUGGUCUUUCUCUGCCUCAUCAGGGGCGUCAAAUCCUCUGGAAAGGUGGUGUACUUUACAGCCACGUUCCCAUAUGUUGUUUUGACCAUCCUGUUCAUUCGCGGGAUUACUCUAGAUGGAGCCAUCAAUGGCAUCAUGUAUUACUUGACUCCGCAGUGGCAGAAGGUCCUUGAUGCAAAGGUGUGGGGAGAUGCUGCAUCACAGAUUUUCUAUUCCCUGGGAUGUGCUUGGGGUGGUCUUAUUACCAUGGCUUCUUAUAACAAGUUCCACAACAAUUGUUUCAGAGACAGCAUCAUCAUCAGCAUAACCAACUGUGCAACCAGUGUGUACGCUGGCUUUGUCAUUUUCUCCAUCCUGGGCUUCAUGGCACACCACCUCAACGUGCCCGUGUCACAGGUAGCAGACCAUGGCCCAGGACUGGCCUUUGUGGCCUACCCAGAAGCCCUCACUCUGCUGCCCAUUUCUCCACUGUGGUCGCUACUCUUCUUCUUCAUGUUAAUCCUUCUGGGACUGGGAACUCAGUUCUGUUUACUGGAGACACUGGUGACGGCCAUUGUUGAUGAGAUUGGCACCGACUGGAUCAUCAGGAACAAGACUGUAGUUACACUGUGUGUGGCUAUUGUUGGAUUUCUCCUGGGAGUUCCACUAACAACUCAGGCAGGAAUCUACUGGUUGCUACUGAUGGAUAACUACGCUGCCAGUUUCUCUCUGGUUAUCAUCUCUUGCAUCAUGUGUGUCUGCGUCAUGUAUGUUUAUGGUCACCGAAACUACUUUAAAGAUGUCGAGAUGAUGUUGGGUUUCCCUCCCCCGCUCUUCUUCAAAGUCUGCUGGAGGUUCAUCUCCCCUGUCAUUAUCUCUUUCAUCCUAAUCUUCACAGUGGUGCAGUACAAACCCAUCACCUAUAAUGACUACGUGUAUCCCGGUUGGUCUCUGGCCAUUGGCUUCUCAAUGGCGCUGUCCUCGGUGGUCUGCAUACCUAUCUAUGCCUUCUACAAGAUCUCAAGGUCCCCAGGGGCCACCUUCAGAGAGCGGUUGAAGCACGCGUGCCAGGCAGAUCCGAAGUGGGGGCCGGCCCUGCGGGAGCACCGCACGGGUCGCUACGCCCCCACGGCCUCCGAAGACAGUGCGGAGGUUCAUCCCUUCAAGGAGAAGGACGAGGUGAAGGAGGAGCAGCGGGAGGAGGAGAAUGAGAGGAAGGAUGAAAUCAGCCUCACCAUCCAGGGAAGCAACGGCUCCACCAACACACACAACAACCCCAACCCAAGUGCAUAGAUGGCGUCCCGCUCUGUCACCCACGACUGAUGCCAUUUCCCCCUUCUCCUCUAUCUGCACCACACUUUCCCACAGUCCUCUGUGGGGAAGAUCCCUUUUCGCUGGAGACCUUUACAUAUUGUAAAGGCUUAUUCUAUUCAAUCUAACCUCUGCUAGCUACCUGCGUGACAUCUUUAUGGGGAAAAAAAAACAAGGCACAAAAAAAAAUAAAAAUAAAGAAUAAAUUGGAUCACUGUCCAAAAGAUUUCCUUUGUACAUUUGCGUGUGUGCGUGGAUUGUUUGUGUUUGACAUAAUUUAAUAAUUCAGUUUGUUUUCCCUUACAUUUGUCUGUAAAAACACGUACCUGCAUAUGCCAAGUUCAGAUGCAGUUCAAGGUAUGGCGGAUUGUAAGGCUGAUUGCGUCUGUCGGACUCGCAGCAGCACAGAGACACACGCCUGUCAUCUCAUUAUGGACCUGCUGAUUCAGAUUUAUACACAUUAUAAGGAAUAUAAUUACAAACACUAAUUUACACUGGGGGCAUUCAUUAUGCACGUUUUACAAUGCAGUCACCUCACACAAAGUUGAUUUGAACGAUUGCUGGUUUUUCUUUCUUACUUUAUGACGAUGAUGAGACGCUGAGUACAACCAGAAGCUUCCAAGAUGGGUGAUUGACUGUGAACAUUUUUUUUUUUUUGAAUUUUUAUUUAUUUUUAUUUUUUUUUCGCCACUAGAGCUGCUGCUUGAAUCAAAAACUUUCGUCACUGUCUCCCUUUCAUACAUACCGCACACGCACACAUUAUAGCACAUAGUUCUUUGCACAUACAGGUAAUUUAAAAAAAUAAAAAUAAUAAACACCAGGGCCAUUCUCAGGUUUCAAGUAAACUUUGUGGUGUGCCUGGGGAGACCUCAUGAAUGAACUCAUUGAAAAAUGAUACAUUCUACAGUAUAUAAUAUUACCCAACACGGACACACAAACACACACACUGGGUGCGUCUGUGUACGGUAUUUGAUGUAUCAAGAAGUGAUACCUCUUCUCUAGUCUUCCAGCAAUCCUUUUUGUGUGAAAUGAAAUUUUGGGAUGUGCAUUAGGGAGAAUCUUAAAUGGAGGAGGUAGCCAGUGAAGGCAUGAUUGGUUUUUAUCUCGUCUUACUUUGUGUGGUUGUAGCAGUCCACCCAAUGUGCUGUGUCCUGUGUUCAGGUCUGCACAAGUUUAUCGUCUUCUGAGGCUGUGAUGUGAUGUGGAAAAAAAAGGGCAGCUUGUUUCCAGAACAGCACCCAUUUUGUUUGAGUUUUUAUCAUAAAUGUGAAAUGUAGUUAUAUAGUUUUGGACGAGAAGUGUCAUUUAAUCAUCUCACUAUAGUGGUAGUGUAGUAAAUCAUUAUUAAGACACAUUGUUUUAUUUUGUAUAAAAAUAAAAACUUGAAUCAGACUGAAAUAUUCAUGUUUACCCUUUCACUUCUGAUUUAUUUUGAGAUCUUGUGAGAGAGAAUAAUUGAUGUUGAUGUUUUUAAAAGUAAACAUUUGAGGUUUGUCCUGCUACAAACCCUGCACAAAACUACAAUACCAUUAAGUGUGUGUUUCACAUGGUUGUUCUGUAUUUCCAUCUUUGGUAUGUUUUGUGGACACCUGAAAGUCCACUGGUGCAGAUUUGACUACUUUCUUGCGUGCGUGGUGAUGAACCUUCAUUCGUCCAAGUUAUUUUCAGAGGCAAAACGCUAUAACAACAUGUGAUACAAUAUCGUAUACAUUAUAUUGCAAUCUAAAGUGCAUUAAGGAAUAGUGCAACACUUUACAUUGUUUAUUCUUGUACAUUGAAAAGUGUAAGUUUGAGUCCCCAGCCAAUAAGUAAGAAGUAGUGGUAAUAGUGAAUGCCGAAAGAUUUUUACCACAUUUAUUUGAGCCCAUCAAGCCAGCUAUUAUCCAAUUCUCCCGCUAUUUUUUUUAUUUUAUUAUUAUUAUUAUUUUUUUUUUUAGACUAGUGAAAACACUUUUCUCCCAAGAUCAGUCUCCUCUUGUCUGCUCGCCACGUGCCAUAGUGCAGUUGCUAAAUGUUUCCACAAGAUGGGCCCAUGUUGACAUGCACAGCAGUCAAGUCACAGUACCGCUCCCAAUGUGGCCAGAGAUGCACUUGACAUAAUAUAGGAUGUCAGGUUAUAAAACAGAGCUCAAAUGAUUUCUGUAUUAUUGCAGUUCGAAGUAAAGACAUCAUGUUGUCUGUCCUUUUAGCUCUACACACCCCAUAUCUCAAUCUCUGCUGGCCCGCAACUCUUCUGACCUUUGUAUAGAAAAUGUACAAAUUCUAUAAAUAACUGUGUGUAAGUUUAUCUCUACUUUUAUUCUGAGCGCGGCGAGUAUGAGAGUUGUGGGUUGCGAAGUCAUUGCCUUUGGAGUUGUCAUUUCUAGUUGUUUAAUGUAGAUGUCAUGUAUUGUGUACUGCAUGUAGUGGAUAAGCUUUUACUGCUGAGUCUGCAUGUAUCGCAGACGUAGAGUUAAUGUCGAUGUACCUCUAAUCUUGACUUUUAUUCUGCUAAUCAUAUAAAGCCCAUCUUUUAAAACUAUUUUGUACUAUGAGAAGAAAAAGAAAUCAACCUUUUUAUCUUCCAAUUUCAGUCAUUGUUUAUCUGCGUUCCAUGACACUACUGUGUUUUUUUUGUUCUGUUUUGUUUGUUUUUUAAAGUAUAUUAUCAGAAAACAUAAUAUAUCCAGCUAGUAUUGUAUGAGUAUUGCCAAACAAAAAAGCUUUGGAUUGAAACUUGAACUACAGACAAAUGGUCAGUUUUCACAGUGAGUGGUCUCGUGUAUGGACAGUGGUUGCAGCAACAUAACAUUGUUUCUGUUUCUGUUUUUUAUUUUAAUUUUGUUUGUUUGUUUUACGUGUGGUUAAAGCUCAAUACCGACAGUGGCCACUAAUGAUCACACUAAUACCAGACAUUCACAAUUUUAAAACCUGAGCAAAACAAACACCAAAUAAUAAUAAUUAUAUUAAUAUCAAUGAUAGCAAUAAUAGUUGAUUGAUGAAGAAUGAUUCCACAGAUUUCAGGACCCAUUUUUCAUUUCGCAGUCUGUGGUAUAUUCUGCAUAAGGUAUUUAUAAUAUGGUUAGCGCUGCAUAUUUUAAUGUGAAAAGAACAAAAAAAGCACACUGGGGUGCAAAAUGUUGCUAAUAUUGUACAAAAUCUACGACCCUGUUUGCAACAUUGCCUCUUGAAAUUACCACUUCUCCAAUAUUUAUCUCAUGUAAUAUUAAUUUAAAUGCACUUUUUAAUUUUUUUUUUUUUUUUUUUUUUUUUUUUACAAGCAACAAGAGGAAAUGUGCUUUGACUAUGAAUGCACAUUUCCAUGUUGGAAAAAAAAAAAAAAAAAAACAUUUGCAGUGAUCCUACAGAAAGAAAUGGUGCGUGUAGUUCUUGAAUUGCUGUCUUCUUACCAUGUAUAAAAUGUUACAUGGUAGGAUUCAAGAGGAAAUGCACAGGUUAAAAGAGUACAGUUCUUCUGAUACCUUCUAUCAUAUCUCUAUCUAACUGUCUGUUCGUCUUGUUCUUCAACCUUUAGGGCCAAAAUGCAUUGAAAUGUCUUAGUCCUGUCAGCUGUAUAUUGUAAAACUGUUCAAUUAAAUUGAUAAAUAAAAAUCUAUUUUAAAGAUCA